AUGUUUCUCCAUGGCGGUGCGCUGGUCACGCUGAUGGUAAUCAUCUCCCAAUCCUCAGCACGAUCUCCCGGCAACAGUGUGUGGAAACGCGCCGUCUUAGAGGAGGUGACCUCCCCCCACUUAUGUUUCACUGCUCCGGACCCCGCUAGCCUCUCUCACUCUCCUUCCACUGCAUUCAGAGAAGGAUCACAUGUGGACAGACUCAUGGGAAUGCCAUUCAAUGGGCCGAAAGAUUCUAAGGAUGCUAUGGUGGAGACACGCGACGGACCAGGAGCACACACCCGCGUCACUAGGACUCCCACAACCUUUAAUCCAGUACCACAAGGGAAGACAAUAUCGUUGAAACAGUUCCGGAUCAUCGCUCCCCGGGUGACGGGCAUAAACCCUGUCGAUAUUCGUCGGAUACUUAGGGGUUUUGAAUCACGGUCCCACAGAAAUCAGAGGUUUGUUGUGCUCUCAGAGAUAAUUGAUGUCGUGUUAAGUUGGAUGGCGGCCAGCGAGCACCCACGUCUUCCAGAAAUAGCAUCGAAAGGUCAUAAACAGCUGCUGGAAGAGUGGGCUUCACAGUUCGACUAUAUGCACUUUGAUGAAAUGCUUGAAUACUCCCGUCCCGAACUAUCAGGAACUAAAAAGACUUACAUCAAAAGAUUUGCAUUGGGGAAUGGCGAAAGAAAUGAAUACCACUUGGCCACUCAAACUCACUGGAGUCAUGCAAAGGUCGAGGCGCUCUACGAAGAAUGGAAAGCAAGCCACAAGUCUUUCAAAUUUCAUGUACUGGACUUUUGGGAAGGUUUCCUGAGCUUGUUCAAAAGAAAGCCGGAGUGA